UUCUUCAUAAGUACCAUAUAUAGCUAUCUAAAAUAAAGGUGAAAGGCGACAGAGAUCUUCAGCAAAAGUUGCCAGCAAAGUGCUCAAACUCAGCCCCUCCCACGCAACCACUUUUUGUGGCUUCAACCCACAGUCUGGCUAGCUAGCUAAAAGCGUAUGGUAUAAAAAGGGAUGAGCACCUCUUAGUUUAAACUAGUCUACUCUACCGAAGAGUCAUGAUCACCCAAGGAAACCCCACUCUCCAUUUGAUUGUCCUCUGCUUCUGUUUCAUUGUUAAAGUUUGUGGACAAACUGGUACAUGUGAGAUAUGUUUCUGCUCUGAGACUCAUCAGCAAGUCCUGUGUCAUGCCAGUGCCCAGCUCAGCACUGUGCCUCAAGAUUUACCAACUGGCAUAACCCAUUUGGACCUAAGCUCUAAUCAGAUUGUCUUCCUUAACAAAAAUUCUCUUGCGAGGUACCCACAGUUGCAGACACUAAUUCUCAAGGGGAAUAACAUUUUGUUUAUUUCUUCAAAAGUGUUUGAAGGACACACUCAACUAAAGAGACUAGACCUUCGGGACAACCAGCUCCUUGAAAUCAACCCUGAAACUUUCCAAACUCUCUCUAAUCUGGAAAACUUAUUACUAAGCAAUAAUGAGCUAACAGACCUUUCAGAUGAUCUGUUUGAAGGACUAGAGAAGCUUCAAGCCCUAUACCUCGAUGGUAACAAAUUAACCAACGUCCCACUCAAUAUUGUCAAGCCUUUGAAGUCACUCAGGAGACUGGAGAUUGGUGGCAAUCAGAUCCACUGUGACUGCAGUAUAGCUUGGAUGAAGAACUACGAGCCGCUACGAGACGAUAUUAGUGGGCCAGUGGUUUGCUCCACCCCCUCUUCCCUACAGGGCACAACACUCGACCAAGUGGAACUAACGUCUCUUGAUUGUGCACAGCCCACAGUUGAAGCUGUCAACUCAGUAGUGAAUGGCUUCAAAGGACAGACAAGCAUAGAGCUACAGUGCCAAGUAAUUAGUGGCAAUCCACCUCCACAAGUGCAGUGGUUCUAUCAUGGUGAGCAGCUCUCUGACUCUGUCUUCUAUCGACUACCUGAUAACGGGAGUCUUGUGAUUGUCGUCAUGGUGCCUCAUUUGGCUGGAGACUACUCGUGCUUUGCUCAGAACCUGAUGGGGAAUGACACGGCCCAGGUUACCCUGGAGUAUGCAGGUAGUCGGCUGCCUUCGUUUGGUAUUGUACCAGAGGACACGCACAAGUUUGUUGGGGAGGAAGUGAGGAUCGCUUGCACUGUGGACCAGGUCACUGAUGAAGUCCAGUGGGAGAGAGAUGGUGUGAGGAUUGAAUCCACAGACAGAAUCUCUAUUCUACCCGGAGAAGGACUAGUUAUUGUAGACACUAUGGAGGACGACUCUGGUGUGUAUGGAUGUGUGGCUAUCAACGAAGAGGGAGCCGUGAGAGCUACUGCGUUUGUCAAUAUCACUGGACCACUACUCAGCUGUAAUGGUUUACUGUCACGGGAAGAUGUGGAGAGACUGAGACUGAGUAUUGAUGUUGCAGUGAAUGCCACUCACCUCCGUCUGCAGCAAGCAACUCACUCACCCAGUGCUUUACUCCGCCGACUGAAAUUCCCUCAAGGAGGUUUAAUCGAGGUGCUAAAAGCUGCUGAGAUUUUUGACCAAGCCGUGGGGAUUAUUCGUUUAAGAUUGCUAAAAAACCAGACACUGGAAACAGGAUCUAUAAUACCCCACCUCAGCCGUUGUGAGGUGGAAGUGCUAAGUGAACUAAGUGGCUGUGAAGAGCACACUCGAAUCACUGACUGUAGUAGCUGCACCCAUAGAAAGUACCGAACAAUGGAUGGCACUUGUAACAACUUGGAUUACCCUCUGCGUGGAGCCUCUGAGACCCCCUUCUUGAGAUUAAUGCCUGCAGAAUAUGAAGAUGGUAUUGGAUUGCCUGUCGGAUGGUCGCAGCCUAAACCAAGUGCUCGACUCGUUAGUCAGCGUAUUAUUGCAGCCAAGAACAUCAGUCCAAGCAAGGAAUAUACGCUCAUGCUAAUGCAAAUUGGCCAGUUCCUGGAUCAUGAUAUAGACAUUGCCCCGAUGAGUCCCAGUGGAAUAGUCUUCAACCGUUCAGAACCUGAUAGUCUGAUGAGCUGUGAUGAUAUCUGCCAUAACGAUGCUCCCUGCUUUCCUAUCCAAGUUCCCAAAGAUGACCCAAGAAUUCGAAGACAAUGUUUAUCUUUCUCUCGCUCUAGUGCAGUUUGUGGAACUGGAGCAGCUUCUUUGCUCAUUGGAGACGUCGGUAUUCAUAGGGAACAGUUGAAUGCAAUCACUUCGUUUGUUGAUGGCUCUCAAAUAUACGGGUCAUCCAAUACAACUUCCAGGAAUCUUCGUAUGAUCGAUGGAACCGGACGGUUGUGGGCUGGACAAAACGUCGAUGGAUUUACUGACAAAUAUUUCUUGCCAUUUGAUAACAAUUCUUUGGUGGACUGUGCCACUGGGAUUCAUGCUCAUCGGAGCUCGUGCUUCCUUGCGGGUGAUGUCCGUGUCAACGAGCAAGUUGGACUUACCACAAUGCAUACGCUGUUUUUUAGAGAGCACAAUCGAGUUGUCAAAAUACUGAAGUCCCUGAACCCACACUGGGAUGGAGAGAGGCUGUAUCAAGAGGCCAGACGUGUAGUGAUCGCUGAAUGGCAGAACGUUGUGUACGCCGAGUACCUACCAAAAAUUCUCGGCCCAGACUAUUCCAUGUACUCUGGUUACGAUUCAUCUGUGGAUGCUUCGAUUGCAAACGCAUUUGCAACCGCUGCUUAUCGGUUUGGACACAGUCAAAUCAUGCCAUUGUUCCCCCGUCUUGAUGCAAACUACAUUCCUUCUCCGUUGGGUCCUCUGAAGCUGCAAGACGCAUUUUUUGCUCCUUUCAGACUUCUGGAAGAAGGUGGAAUAGACCCCCUGCUGAGGGGACUCAUAUCCUCCCCUGUGAAACAAAGGACCUCCCAUCAAGGGCUCAACAAUAACCUUACUGAAGCUCUGUUUGCUCAGGCGCAUGAGGUGUCCCUUGAUCUUGGGGCACUCAACAUUCAGCGAGGUAGAGACCAUGGCCUACCCAACUACAAUCAAUGGCGUGCCUACUGUGGUCUAUCAGCAGCUCAAACCAUCUCAGACCUUUACAAAGAGAUCACGAAUUCAACGGUCAGGGAAAGGCUGAGAGAAGUGUACGGAGACGACCCCAACAACAUUGACCUGUGGGUGGGUGGACUAGUAGAAGACACUCUACCUGGUACUCAGUUAGGACCCACUUUCCAUUGUAUCAUCAAUGACCAGUUCAGGAGGCUAAGAGGAGGAGACAGGUUUUAUUUCGAGCGUGAAGGUCAGUUCUCUCCCGAUCAGCUGGUCCAGUUGAAGCAAGCAUCGUUGUCUAGAGUGAUUUGUGACAAUGCUGACAAUAUUAGUCGUGUUCCACUAGAUGCUUUUGUACUUCAAAGUAUCUCUGAGUUUGUGUCUUGUAAUGAGGUACCGACUGUGAACCUGCAGCUGUGGCAGGAGUGUCCCGAUUGUGAUGGAGGUCAAUGUGAGAACCUCAGCCGUAAAAGACGAUCAACGUUGUUCAAAUCCCUUGAGCUUCAAGACUACUACAACGAGUUGAGUGUUAGGGUUGCUUCACUGGAACAGAAGCUUGCUUUUUGCAUCCAAGAUGGCACUUACCAUGACAACCUGGAGACGUGGACUACCCCUGACUGCAAGACAUGCAUCUGUCAAGGAGGUGUGAUGGAUUGCCGUGCCCUGGAGUGUCCACAGCUGUCAUGUGAAGACACUAUGGAGACUGAGGGUGAAUGCUGCCCUGUCUGCCUGGAAUGAACAUAAAUUACAAACAAUCAAUGACAUUUUUCCAUUUAUAUAAAUAAUUAUACAUCUUUAUAUACAUGAUUGUGUGAUUGUGUGCAUAUAAUCAAUAAAAUUCA